AUGACAACUGUCAAACGAGAACUGGACUCGCCCGUGACGUCGGACGAGGCCGCCAAACGCAGAGGUUCCAAGCCUGGACGCAAGCCUCUCGACACAGAGGCCAAAAACAAGCGCACUGCCCAGAAUCGCGCCGCGCAGCGCGCGUUUCGCGAACGUAAGGAGCAGAAGAUGAAAGAACUCGAGGACAAGGUUUUGCAGCUUGAGAAAGUACGAGACGAGAGCGAGAUGGAGUCUGUUUUUCUCCGGACCCAGCUCCAGCAGCUCGUUGCCGAGAUCCAGAAAUACCGGCCGCAGCAGGCCUCCGACUCUCAGGUCCUCACAUAUCUUGCCAAGUCCGAGCGAGAACAGCAGCACAACCGACAGCAACGUAGCCAUCGUCGUGGGCGCUCCAUUAGUGACAGCACCAGUCGCAGCAGGAGCAGAAGUAGGUCUAUCAGCAUGAACGCUUCCAUCACUCCCUCCGACCCUAGCGAAAAUUCUACACCCACCGACCAAGACGAGGCCUCUAAGAUCCGCGAAAAUAUGCAGCGCAAAAUGAACUUCACGUUUGAAUACCCGAAAAACACUCCACCAAACAUUCAAUCCCAUAGUUCCAAUCAGUCUCCUUCCGGAAGCGUUUCCACAGCUGCCUCUAGUAACUCGUUUUCUCACAAAGCUUCUUUCCCCUUAUUAAACAACACCCCAAGCACCUCUUCUGGUUCGCUGGACUUGUUCGGAUACAAUAAUGUUGAUAAUCAGAGUUUGCCCAAGUUUACUCCCUCUACCUACUCAAGCUCUCUGAACAACGAUUUCGAUUUUAACUCGCACUUCGAUGAGCAGGUCUCUGAGUUUUGUACGCACAUGAACGAAGUGUGUGGUACCCGCGAAUGUCCAAUUCCUAAGAAAUCGCCUCCACUAUCUUCUUCUUCUUCUCAAUCGUCGCCUGUGGUGCAGCGAUUACAACAAUCUCAGACUGGGACGAUUCCUUCGCCUUCUUCAAAUUCUAGCUCCAUCAAAGCAAGCCGGCAGAACCAGUCGUCACUACCUUCGCCGCAGCAGCAACAACAACCACAACAACAACAACAACAACAAUCACAGCAAUCACAACAACCACAACAACAACAGCCGCAACAGCCGCAACAAGAACAGCAGUUGCAGCAAAAACAGCAGCAAACUCUGUCUAAUUCCUGGGAUUCCCCUCAGUUCGGUCAUUCCGGUUUUGGUUUGGAGCUAGAGGAUCCUACAAGCAAAUGGAUGUUCCCGGACCUUCACACACCAGGCGCCUCUGGUGUUGUACGAGCUCCAUCCGCCAUGGCGGAUUCUUUGCCGUUUAUCGAUGCGUCUCUAGCUUUCCCCACGGAUCAACCUAAUGAAGCAUUUGCCAACAAUUCUGACGAUGUUUUGAAACAGUUUUUCGAGGAAGACCCUGCUGUUUCGCAGUUGACCACUGAGGAAAGUAAUUACGACUUGUUCAGGCCGGGCGCAUUGCCACUGUCAGGUGGUGGCACAUUUGAAUCCACAAGUUCCGCAACCUCGGGUACCUCUGUGACUGACACCAGUGUUUCCACAGCAAUAACGGAACCUCACCAAAUCAUUGACGAAACUUUCAAAGCUCCCUCAAUGACCGAAGAUAUACGAUUUUCGAAUGUGUUGCCCGAUGAUAUUGUGCCUUCCCGUGAUGGCUCUUUACUCAAGUGUUCUGAAAUCUGGGACCGAAUAACAGCGCAUCCCAAAUAUUCCGAUAUUGACAUAGAUGGGUUAUGCGUGGAAUUGCGCACAAAGGCUAAAUGCUCUGAGAAGGGCGUAGUUGUUAAUUCAGAUGAUGUUCAAAAGGCAUUGAGCAAACACAUGUCGUGA